AUGAGUCGGAUCAGGAAGCGAAGAUGGCUGGGUGUUCUGCUCCUGCUGGGCAUGGCGGCUGGAUCGUUAGAGAUGUGCUGCCUGCAUGUCGAACGAGGCAUUUUCAGCCGGAACAAUCCAUCGGGUGGAGCAGAAAGUCUGCUAAAGACGAGGCGAAUGGUAUAUCCAUCUCCCACACCCCAAUCCAAGUCGGCGCUUCGAGGUGGCAGAGACGACGGGCUACUUGAUGUGGAGGGCGGCGAUGUGGAGAGCACAUUGGCGAACCCGGAGAUGACGCAAGUGAGAGCAUUCAUGCCGAGAGAGCUGAAGGAAUGGAAGCAGGGAGGGACGCAAGAGAGAAACGAGAGACUCGACCUGAGCUUUCUCUGGGACAACAAAGCCUGGUUCUACCCCGAGCCCCCGUGGGGCAGGAAGGAUGUAUACCGGAGAGAAUCAAACUUCCUCAAGAGAUGGCAUUUCUUCAUGUGGUUUGCAAUGAUCUACGUCGCUGUGGUUGUUCCAUUCCGUGCCGCUGGCCUCUCUCGCGUUCCAGCUGCUUAUGCGACCUGCAGUGACAACAGUAUAACGAGAACUGCAAUCGAUGUUGUUGUCGAUGUAAUCUUCCUGGCUGACAUGGUAUUCACUAUGCACACAGCUUACUAUAAGCGAAAAGGGCAUGGUCGCUUCAUCCUUGUCGACGACCUGGAGCUUGUGCAGCAGAAUUACCUGACAAGCGUCAGCUUCCUCCUCGAUGUCAUGGGCGUCCUGCCCUUCAAGGAGAUUUCUUGCUGGUUCCUCAGGCUUUGCUCGAUCAUCUUCCCUCGAUCGACAGAGAAACUUAUGUCGGGAUCUGUGAUUGGCUUGUUGAAACUGAUGCGACUUGCCAAAUUGUUUCGCCUACAUCACUUCAGGCAAAUGUGGAGGUACAUAUAUCAUCAAUUCCCACGAAAGUCAAGGUGGGUGCACCUUGCAAAGAUUCUUUCUCUGUUGCUCUUUACAUCUCAUCUCCUAUCGUGCUCGUGGUAUUGGAUCGGAACACAAUCGAACGAGGGUUGGGUGAGAAGAAUAUACAAGAAGUCGAAGGGGGACGACCAAUGGUUCGACAAGUAUAUCACAUCACUCUAUUUUGUUUACACAACCAUUACUACUGUCGGCUUUGGAGAUGUCGUGGCAAACACAACAGCAGAGAGAAUUUUCUGCGUGUGGGCGACCGUCCUUGGCUCAUUUCUCUUCGGAGUUCUCAUCGGCAGCGUCCCCAAGAUUAUGAACAGGCAGACUGAAGCUUGCUCCCGGUACACGGCGCUCGAGAGGAAUGUGAAAGAGUAUUUGCACGAGCAUGAGGUUCCUUCGGAGCUUCGCGGGCGCAUUUUGCAGUAUUAUGAAUACCGGUUCCCCGAGAGGAGGCACUUUGAUUUGGAAAAGAAGCUUGCAGAGCUCCCGAGGAGCAUUCAGGAGGCACUUGCUGUCCACGUACAUCGAGACCUCACGCGCAUGUGUGCGGUGCUAUCUCGAUGCUCUCCCAGCACGCUAAGCGACGUCUGUUUGCGACUGCAUGAGAUGUACGCGGCACGCGGGGAUCUCAUCGUCAGCGCGGGAUCCGAGCCUGAUGGCGUCUACUUCAUCCGCAGUGGACAGGUUCUGGUGAUAAGACCCGCGGAUGGAAAGGCACUAAGACAUCUCGGGCCUGGAGACAUCUUUGGAGAGAAUUGUUGCAUCGACCCCAACCUAUCCUGCUCGAUCCGCCUCCACAGCAUCACAGCGCUUGAACCCCUGGAGAUCUGCAAGCUUUACCUUGACGACCUUGAGCUCCUCGUGGCCAACCAUGUCGACUUUGUGCUCACUUCACAAGUCAGCUCGUGGAGGACAGCUAGAAACGAGAUCAUCGAGAGGUACCGGUCGAGGAUGGGGACAAUCACACAGAGUGAGGUCCUUGACCGCGUGCAGUCGCUCAAGGAUGAUCUCCGCAUCCUCAAGUACACUUGUGCCGCCCUCUCUGACUCCGCCCUCAAGACUGCGGAUGGAAGCAAAGCUCUUGUGCAGGAGGGUCUCGAGAAGAUGAGAAAGGAGGAUGGAGAGGAGAGGUCUGCAACAAACGAAUCGACCUUGGAGCCUGUAGAGCAACAGUCGGUUGGCGAGGAGAAAGACGGAGACAGGUAA